AUGAUGGGAAACACAGAGGAGAAUAGUGUAUUCAAACAUUUUAGUCAUGGACAUCAAUUUGUGUACAUCAAUAAGCAAAGUAAUGCAAUUUGCUCUGGAUGUAAACUCAAUAUAUUGCCUGGUAAAUUCUACUACAAAUGUAAAAGUACGUGUUCAUUUUUCCUUCAUCAAGAAUGCUUCAAUAUGCCCAAAAGUUUGCAGCAUGUAGUGGAUCCAAUCCACCAUCUCACUCUACUAACCACAGUACCUUCUUCAUCAAAAUGCAACGCGUGUAGAAAAGAAAUCUUGGGAUUUUCUUACGCGUGUACCAAAUGUUCUACUUAUUAUCACACACUAUGUUUAUUAGCAUUACCUCUUUCAAUGGAAUUGCCAUCUCAUUGCCAUAAACUGGACUUAGAAUUUUGUCCUCCUUAUGAUUUCGAAUGUGACUUAUGCAAAAAGCCUAGUUAUAAAGGGUGGCUUUACCAUUGCAGCUCUUGUGAAUUUGAUGCACAUAUUUCAUGUGCUAUUACACAUAUUGAUGAAAGAAAAACAGAAAAAAAUGGUGAUAAAUGUGAUGAGUUGAUGGAAUUACUAUCAAUAUACAUGAAGGGAACGGAGGAUAUCAGCGUUAGUCAAGAUCAACUUCAUCAUCAAGCUCAACAAACCCCGAGUUACCAAUUCAGUGAUCAAUGCUUUUCCAUUGAUCUUGCAAAGUCUCAGCAACUAAACGAUGAACAGACCGGAUCAGUGGAAACUAAGGAGAAAUCGAAUGUUGCUCUGGAAAAUGAGAUAGGUUCUGAAGUUUGGAUGGGAUUAGGCAGGGAAAUGGAGAAGGCUUAUCGAACCAACGACUCUAACAAAGAACGUUCGAGGAGUUCAUGUUGUCCAGACAUACUUCAAACUCUAUUUUGUCUAAAGAAGUAA